AUGGGAAGGCUUGGUGCAAUGAAGACUUUGAUUGUUUUGGAUGAUGUCACAGAUUUUCAGCAGAUAGAAGAUUUGAUUGAAGAUUAUGAAAGUUUGGGUUUAGGAAGCCGGGUAAUUAUAACAACAAGAGAUAAACAAGUGCUCGAGAAUUGCAAUGUAGAUAAGAUCUAUGAAGUUAAGAAAUUGUCUGAUCCAGAUGAUCUACAUCUUUUCAACCAGUAUGCUUUCAAACAAAAUCCCAUCCCAGAAGGUUACUUGAAGCUCUCAAUUAGGGUAGUAAAUUAUUCUCAAGGUCUUCCUUUAUCUCUCAAAGUGUUGGGUUCAUCUUUAUUUAAAAAGAGCAUACAAGUUUGGGAAAGCACAAUAAGUAAACUAGAAGAAACUCCUCCUUUGAAUGUUUACAUUGUGUUAAAAGUAAGCUUUGAUGGAUUGGAUGAAGAGGAGCAAGAUAUACUUUUAGAUAUUGCAUGUUUUUUCAAGUGGAAGGACAAAGAUAUGGUGAUGAAACUCUUGAAGGCAAGUGACUUGAAGGCAGAGUGUGGAAUAAGUGUUCUUAUUGAUAAGUCUCUCAUAACUAUUUCAUCAGACAAUAUGAUAACCAUGCAUGAUUUGCUUCAAGAAAUGGGAAGGAAAAUUGUUCGGGAAGAAAAGGAUAUUGGCAAACGAAGUCGAUUGUGUCAUCAUAAGGAUCUUUAUCAUGUCUUGACAAAAAAUACGGGAACUGAAAUCGUUCGAGGCAUAUGCAUGGACAUGUUUCAAAUAGGAGAAGUGCACUUAAAUCCUCUUGCUUUCUCAAAUAUGCAUAGCUUGAAAUUCUUGAAGGUCUAUGGAGCUGUUAAUAACAAGGUGCAUGAAUUUCAAGACUUGGAAUUUGAUUUCCUUGAGCUAAGAUACAUCUGUUGGCAUAAUUAUCGGUGGAAAUCUUUACCACGUAAUUUUAAUUCGAAGAACCUGGUUGCUCUUGAGAUGCGCUAUUCUAAUCUUAAAGAACUUUGGAGUAGGGUUCAGCCUCUAAUUAAUUUAAAGUACAUUGACCUGAGUUACUCAAAGCAUCUGCGUAAGAUUGUUGAACUCUCGCAGGCUCCAAAUCUUGAAAGUUUGAUUCUGGAAGGCUGUACAAGUUUGAUUGAGAUCAUUUUCCCCUCUAGUAGGAAGCUCAAUAACCUUAUUACUCUGAAUCUAAGAAAUUGCAAGAGCCUCCAGGGUCUUCCACCGGGUAUUCUUCAAUCAAAUUCUCUAAGAUUUGUUAAUCUUUCAGGUUGCUCAUAUCUCAGAAUAGCCCCAAGGAUCUCAUGUAACAUAGAGCAACUAUGUCUGGAUGGAACUGCAAUAAAGAAAUUUUCCUCUACGGUUGAAGGUCCUUCUAGACUAGUUCAAUUCACUCUUCAAAACUGUUCAAGGCUGGAGAGCCUCCCAACAAAUUUUCAUAAGUUUGAAUCCCUCAAACAUCUUUCUCUAUCUUCUUGCACAAAUCUUGAGGCCAUUCCAGAGAUCCCACAUAAGAUAGAAGAGAUAUAUAUUGAUGGAAUUGCAAUACGAGAAUUGCCCUCGUCAAUUGAGUCUCUAUCUAAUCUACAUACAUUGAGUCUCAAGAAUUGUCCAAGGAUUGAGAGUCUUCCAGAUGGCAUCCUUAAGCUGAAAUCUCUGAAGUAUCUGUCUCUCUCCGGUUGCUCAAACAUCAAGACAAUUCCAAAGAUCUCAUGUAAGAUGGAGCAAUUAUAUUUAGAUGAAACUGCAAUUAAAGAAUUGCCCUCCCUAAUCGAGUGUCAAUCCAGUCUGGUCACUUUGAGUAUGAAAAAUUGUUCAAAUCUUGAGAAUCUUCCAGGCGAAUUCUGUAACCUGAAAUCUCUCAAACAUCUCUAUAUCUCUGGGUGUUUGAAACUCGACAGACUGCCUGAGGACAUUGGGAAUCUGCAAAGUUUGGAGGUGUUUGAAGCUGAUGGAAUUGCUGCAACCGAAUUACCAUCGUCCAUGGAAAGUUUGAGCAACAUUCGUGAAUUAUCUUUCGAGAGAUGUAAAGGGCAAGAGCUGGUGCGUUCUCUUCCUCGUGUGUUAUCAGGUUUGUCGUUUUUGAAGAAACUAAACCUGAAUGAGUGCAAUAUCACAGAAUUACCCAACAGUCUUGGCGAUUUAUCCUCCCUGAAGGAUUUAAAUCUUUCUGGAAACAAUUUUAGCAGCAUUCCAACAACAAUCAUCAACCUUUCAAAGCUGUCGUCGCUUAACUUGAGCCACUGCAACACGCUUCAAUCCUUGCCAAACCUUCCUGGUAACAUAAAACUUUUGGUAGCAGAUAGCUGCAUAUCUCUCCAAGCAUUAUCCGACUUGCCGAUUCCAAGCCAAGGCUAUUUCAACGGUAAUCUCAGCUUCAUAAAUUGCUUCAAUCUCGACUGGAGAAUGCUCACAAACAUUCUGGAUUACGCUCUGUCAAUUAUGUAUGAGAAAACCUCUUACACCCACAAGAGUCCUACCAGUUACAUGUGUUUCCGAGGAAGCGAAAUUCCAGGCUGGUUUAACGUUCAAAGUACUGCGUCAUUUCUAGAGCUCCCAGAAGGCUCGUUGAGUCAUAAUUUCAUUGGCUUCACCUUCUGCACAGUGUUAUCAUUCCAGGACUAUAAAGCUGGUACGUUGGUUGUUGAGUGCGAGAUGCUUCUGAAAAGCAAAGAUGGCUUGAAGAAAAUGGGAAGCGGCAGCUUUUUAGCCUGGACCAAAGAGUAUGCGCCGUCCAAUGUGGAGUUUGAUAUUGUGUUUCUGGGAUAUGAUGUUCAGGUGGAUGAUAAAUCAGAAUGGGACGAAUUCUCUGAGGCCAUUAUCAAGUUUCGUGUUACGGAUUAUCAUCGGAGCCCUUUGGAUGAUUGCGUGGUGAAGAAGUGUGGCGUCCGUUUAUUGUUGAGCCAGGAGGAAUCAAUGAAUGAAUCCAGCUUGUGCUGGCUCUCCGACGAAGAAGAUGAAGAAGAUGAGCCACAGUCCGAGAGAUCGAAGCUUUUAGAAUCCUUCUAA